GUGGCGUCUUUGUAAACCAUGUCAGUGGCGAUGUGACUAUGCAUCAUUGUGUUCACUUCACUGUGAAAAGCGGGGUACGGUAACAAACAAAUGCCACGCCGUUGCCGCUUUGACCACAUCCAUCGUAACUUCAACCACCGUGACCUAGUCCACCGUGACUUAGCCCACCGUGGCUCCCACGGAUGCCCUAGCUCGUGACUGAAGCCUGAUUGAAGGUGUCCACCACGGUUUAUCUCUCUGUGACUGUGUCCACUACUCAGCAACGGCCACCGUGACCCUCUCGCGGCCGUCACGUCGUUGCCGUGACGUCCGUCGGUAGCCGUGACGUCUUACCGUGACGUCUGUCGGCGCCGUACCGGCGUCACGGCCGGCUGAGCAGCGGAAGCCGGCGGCGAGACGGACGAUCGCAGCUCCCCGCUGAGGGAGCGGCAUCAGAGCGAAGCGGCCAGGGCGGCCGGACGGCUCACACCGUUAGCUGGGACUGACGCGAGCCGUGCUGGGCAGUCUAGUGCGAGUGAGGGUGAGCUGGGGCGCACGGCGAGGCGGCACUUCAGUGUAAGACGUGAGGACGAGCGCGCAGGUUGGAGCGUCGCGAGGAGAGCGCUUGGAUGGUGCAGAGGGAGGUGGGGCGUGCGAGGUAAAGAGGCGAGUGAAGCGAGGCGAGACUGGUGCGAGGACCCGCCGCGCCGGAGCUCGGCAGCGAGUAAGCUGCGGCACGCCGCCGCAAACGGACGUGGUGAUGGCGCUCUUAGUGACAGUGAUGCUCCGCCGAUGGGGAAGCCAUGUGGUGACACUGGUGAUGAUGCUGGUGGUGGUGACGGGAACAGUGGGUUCUCCCCAGCGCCCCGCGCAGACUAUCGUCGGUAAGCGGGUGUUCGGCGGUCCGAUGAGUCCGGUGAUGCGUCUGAUCGUGCCUGCUAACCACUCCACCUUCGUCUCCACCGUGGGGUCGAUGAUGUCGUUUGAAGGAGCUAAGCCGCAGCCCCCGUCCACCGCUCAGCCCGUUGUGGUCACCGCCAGCUCCCUGGAGGUAACACCGCACACUGAAGGCACCGGUCGACCGGAGCUGGUCACUGCCAGCGUGCCCGAGACCUCGCUGGACCUGCCGCAGACCCCGACCACCUCCUCGGCUGCCGGCACGUUCAACCACUCGUCAGCCGUGCACACCUUCUUCGGUCCCGAGGACGCCGUCAGAUACCGACCGGUGAUGGCGCGUCGCGCCGAUGCUCCUCAGUUCCGGCGGGUGAUCGAGGCGGUGCGUCCGACGUCGAGACAGCCGCUGCAGCCGCAGCUGGAGACGGUGACGACAGCGACCACACAUACCAUCACAGUGUCCGAGAGCCUCCACUGUCCGCAGGGGAACGCCUUCUGGCCGGCCACCAGUCAGUGCAUACCCAUCGGAAAACAAGGCCCCUGUCCGGAGGGGAACAUCAUCCAAGUCAACGUGACCGCCAGUGAGCCAGUCAGCUGUGCCUGUCGCCCCGGCCACCUGGCGUGGACCGACGGCGUGUGCUACCUGCGCUUCUCACCGGGCCCCUGCGGUCCGGGAGGGGUGAUAUGUGAGUCGGACUCUGGCCCGGCCGAGUGUCGCUGUCGGUCCGGGUUCCACCAGGGCAGCGACGGCCGCUGUUACCAGGAGUACACGCAGGCCGAGUGUCCAGACAACAGCGUCUUCAUACAGGGAGACUGCGUCGCCAAAGGCCCGUGCCCCGAGGGGUUCUUCAUGGUGUUCGACAAGCGGGAGCAGCGAUAUACGUGCGGCUGUCCCCCUGGCUUUCUGCUGGUGACCGCUGUAAACCGGUGUAUCCGGGCCCGCACAGACUGCCGCCACUGUGUGGAGAAUCUCUACCGGUGGCCAGAGGAUGGGCAGUUCUAUAGGGAGCUCACCCGAGGCCCGUGCAACGACACCGAGCUACUGAUCCAGACCGACUCAGGCCCGGUCUGCGGGUGUGAGAAAUACGCCCCGUCAGAUCGCGUCUCCAGCUACCUGGAGCCAACCGUGCGCUGGCCUCUGGACGGCCGCUGCUACCGCCUCUACGACCAGGCCAUCUGCCCGCCAGGACACUGGUUUAUCUGGAGCAGCACACAGAACAGGAUACCCGUCUGUUGCCCCAAGGGCCACUUCUUCUGGCCUGCUGAUGACAAGUGUUACGAGGAAUUCACCCGCGGCCCGUGCGACAAGAGCAAACUGUUCGUGAACGUGCUGAGAACAUCUGUGUGCACCUGUGACGACCAGUGGGGAUUCACCGUGCUGAACCCUGAGGACGGCACGUGCUACCUGAGGAACACCCAGGGACCGUGUCAGCCCGGGUUCCGAUUCCUGGGUGCCAAGGACGGGAGGAAGGUAUGUGACUGCCUCCCAGGCGAGUUCUACCACGAGCCGUCCGACAAGUGCUUCCCGCUCUACCGACAAGGACCGUGUCCGCCCGGUCAAUGGCUGGAGUUUUCGGCCAGCGCCGGCCGUGCCGUCUGCCGCCAGUCGCCCUGCCCGCUACUGCUGCGCUCUAGGGAGGAGCGGUCCAGGGUGCCGCGCGCCCGCCUGCUCGACCUGCCGCCGCCGCAACAACUCGUGUAUUGGAAGGUCACUGACAGAUGUUACCAGCUUGGCACUCAGGGGCCGUGCAGUGAUGAUUUCCGACUUAAGUUGGAUGAGUAUGGAAUCAGUCCCCUCUGUCAACCACUUCACGAGAGUAACCAGGAGGAGCCGGUGCAGGCGCCGCUGAACGAGCUGUCUCGCUGCGCCCCCGGCUCCUACCGGGCCGUCCAGGGUCUCUGUCUGCCAGUGCUCAUCACUUCUGUGGACGCCGACACGGGCUCCUUCUGCGGCUCCGGACAGGUCUGGUCGGAGGAGCGGAGCCGCUGCGAGCCGGCCGAGCCGCCGCCUACCGCCUCGUGUCCCGCCUCCUACCACCCGUUCCCGGAGGGAGGCGUGUGUGUGUGUCCACGCCGCCAGUACCCGGACGAAGACGGCUCGUGUCGGACCACCGAGCACCACGGCCCCGGCCCGCUCCACUGGACCAUCCACAACUACCAGCGGAGGGUGCGGGAACACCAGCAGGCCGCCGCCCGACGACUCUGACGCUGCGGCAGGGCUCCGGGUGAACGUGUGAAUGGGAGGUGUGAAUGUGUUAGAUGUGGGGUUUAGGCUUGAAUGAUGACUGAUUCAAAGUCUGGAAGUGAAAAAUAGCUUACAUCGCAUCAGCCGAACUGAUACACGACUAAAAAUGUGAAGUGAACACAACUAAAAAUGAAACAUUUGAUAGGUGGCGAAGCAUGGCACAAUAUCUCAGUGUUUGUGUGUUUUGUUACGUUAGUGAGCAGUCCUCAGCUGCCACCUCUCUUAACCCGCGCCCUGAUGGGGGGGCCAUUUUGGCCCCCCCCCCCUGUGGUUUUUCUUAAAUAGCGAGAAAACGGCGGCGCGCAGCGCCGCCAAAUUUUGGGUACCUUACCGGGCAUCAAUUUGACACCUUCACACAAAAUUUCAAGUCACAGGUCACCUCAGGUCAGGAGUUAUUGAGGUCAAACUGAGGUCAUGUUCGAGCAAAAAUGAGCAAAAAACAUGACAUCUUGAAACGCUCACCAAUUCUACAGUUAACAAGCAAUUUUAAAGUUCUUUAUGUGGUUGUGUAGAGAAAAGACGGCGCUACAAAACUGCUAUCUCGGAUUUUCGAAAUUUUGGGAUUUUGACCCCCAAAAAUAAAAAAAAUUGAUUUUUUUUAGAAAAACUCAAAAAAUUUUCAAAAAAAUUUCGAAUUUCGAAAAAACCGGAAUAUAUGUGAUAGUCCCUGCGCUCUUUGAUAUACAUACCAAAUUUUAGAUCGAUACCUCUUUUUUUGGCCAAGUUAUAGCGAAAAAACUGUUGAAAAUUGAUGACGUCAAAUUUUUGAACUAAAUUUUUAGCAAUUCUAGACCUUGUAGCGCAAAACGAAGACCACCAUUGAACUCCCCGUGACGAGCUGCAUCGAAUCAAUACCCAUUUUAUGCAAAAAUAUCAACUUUGAAAUUUGACCUAAUUUGACCUGACCUUGACCUGACCUUGACCUGACCUUGACCAAAACGUGACCUAAGCUGGCCCUAAAGUCUGUCUGACCCACAUAAUCGCAUUUGUCAUGUAAAAUGGACCAUAAAACAUGUAUCACACGACACUUUCAUAUUGUGACCCCCCCAGUGACCUGACCUCUGUGACCUGACCUGGUAUCAGUGACCUCAAAUAGCAAAAUAUGUGUUUGAAGAACAUUUCUCCAUCGAUGAUUUUCAAUGAAAUGCAUUUUACUCGAUUUUACAACGCAUUUCUUGAAAUGCCUGUAAACGGUGAAAAUUCGACCUUUGACCUGACCUGUGACGUCAUCGGUUUGACCGAGGUCAAUGAAAUUGGGUCACAAGGUAGUUCCCCGCUGGGGCUAUCCAACACCGUUUACCGCUUGUCGCUAUGUUGCGUGGUUCUCGAGAUCUGAGGGGGGGGGCCAAAAUGCCCCCCCCCCCCCCAUCAGACCGCGUUGCUCGGCAGACCCCAUCUGGGCGCGGGUUAACCGUUAGGUUAUCUUAAACUUUUCAUUAUUUUGGUCGAUCAUCGAAUUUAUUUGUUUCAUAUGAUCAUUUCUUGGUAGAUGUGGGAGCGAAUGUCUCCUCUGGCAUACGAAUUUCGUAUAACGGGAGAUUAUGGCUGACAAACUUUACUUAGUUGAGACUCUGCUGCUGUACUUGCAGUUAUGAAUGUAUUUAUAAGGUUGCGAGCAUGCUAAUGUGUAAAUAUUGUGUACGACGUGUUCCGGUGAAAUUCUGAUAGGGUAGAAUCGACACAAAGUGGUGCGCAUGUAAGGGCAUUGUCAAGGGGCAUAGUGUCGGUGUGAGUUUAUCGUGUCGUUGUGAACGUGUUAUUUAUUUGUAGGUACAAUUAUAUGCAUGUUUGUGUAACAUUCCAUGCCCUUUAGGCUUGUCUUCGUUCAGAUGCAUCAUGUGACCAAUAAAUGAAUUUGCAGUG